AUGCUUGGAGGGCCGGUGCGCAUCUUCUACCUGGACGCUGUCUCCGAGCGGUUGGCGCCAACUCGCCGUUUACACCGGAAGCAUCGACUGCCGUCAAAGCCAUUUCCGCCCGUCCACCUGAUCGCCUGGAAACGAAUCUGGAUGCUGGGAGCUGGGUCAAAGCCUCGGCCGUUCACCCUGAAAGCCUCAGCCUGGCCUCCGGGUAGCCAGGGUGACGAAGCGGCAAGCCCAGCAACCGCAUGCUUUGGCUCCAGACACGAGGUCAGCUCACAAUCGGUCGCCUGGCAACAGACGCCCCUCGGCCAGCUCACUCACGAGGCAGUCGUGGCCAGGGAAACUGCUGUACCUCCGCCGCCUAGGCUUCCGGUCACGGAAGUACGGCUUCGUGGAGAGCAACUUUUGCGGAACUUACGCUGCGGCCUAGGAGACAAAGAGUCAUGCAUUGGGCAGCCGAUGCAGCGCGGUUCAGAGAAACGAUUCAACAAAAUAAACAGCUGUCACGAGAAGAAAGCGCUACUGGAUAAUCAGAGGUCUUAA